AUUGAUGUUGGUCGUAUAGCUUGUUCAUUUGCUUACGCCAAACUCAUAUCAUUUAACGUCGACGUGGUGACAAUGGGGAAACCAGCAGCAUCAUCAUCGUCGUCGUCGUCAUCUGCUUCUUCUGUUCAAACUCAUCACGACUCAGCUCCGGCUAGUCCAACAAGCACAAGGAAGAUGAGCUUAAUAAGCACCAACCCGACCACCAUGGCCACCACCGCCAAACCGACCUGGCUCCUCUCCAACCUUGCCGAUGUGGAAGAGAGGAUGAAGAUGGUAGCAUUGAACAGUAACAGUAAAAGUACUAAGACUCCUGAAGAUCAAGACACUGGGGACACCUUCGCGGAGAGAGCUGAAGCUUACUACAAAACACGCCCUCAGCUGCUCUCCCUACUUCAAGACCUGUACAAUUCCUAUCUCACACUAUCUGACCGUUACAUUCAAACAAUCGCCAAAACUACUAGUCUGAGUCAGAGUCAGAGUUUCCAUCCUCCUCGUCGACAAUCUUCUCAGACCUCAACCAUUGAAUACUAUGAUUACUAUGAACUGCAAGAUCAAUAUGAAACUAGCCAGAAUGAUUCAGAUGUGGAGAGUACCGUCUCUUAUCAGCAACAUCUCUUAUCACUACUUGCUCAAGAUGACAAUGAUGAUAAUACCACCAUGGCAUCCUUUGAUGCAAUUGUCGCGGAGAUUGUGAUAAAAAAUGUGGAAUGUGAUAUUCUACUUCAUGAGGUCAAUGCAUCAGAGAGGCAACAAAAUGAAUCGUCGAGGAAGAUAGAGUUGCAGAAGAGCUUGCUUGAGGUUUUGGAGUCUGAAAGGCUCAUCCUACUGAAUGAGAAUUCUAAAUUGGGUUACAGAGUGGGUGCAUUGGUGGAAGAGAACAAAGCUCUUGCUUCUGAGUCUAUGUUCAUGAGGAGGAAGGCCGGUGAGCUAGCUAGGUGUUUGCUCCAAAUGAGAGAGGAUCGCAGGGUCAGCAUGCUCAGCCGUAAGAUAGAGGACCUCCAGGGACAGAUUUAUGGACUGGAGAAGCGCAACAAGGAGUACUACCAGCAACUUGUCAGUAAAGACCACUCGCAACAAGGAUCAGUUGAAGAAGAGAGGAUUAGUAGCAUCAACAAGAAGAAGACAAGAAAGGGGAUUGGUAGAAGUAGUAAUGAGGUGGAUUUGCACGUUUGUUUCCAAAUAGGGAAGACGAAGAGGAGAGGUGGUACUGUUACGAGGGGUACUGGCGCCGACAAGAAAGGUUCUAGUUGGUGGGGAAAGAUCAAGAACAUGGACUUGUUUCUGUGUGGACUUAACCCAACUUCUGCUGCUUGAAUGCUUGAUGAUGGUGUCUGAUUGCUUCAGAAACUUGAACCUAUGGACUGGAAUUAGAGAAUAACUUUUUAACGAUCAGUCUCUUUAUAUUUAGUUAUCGUUUGCUAGAAUGAACUCCGUGGUGUACCCUCUACACUUCAUGGUGACCUGGCCUUGAGAUAUUUUGUUGAAGUUGAAGACUUAUAUGCUUGUAGCUAGUAACAUUCAGUGUUUUGAGUUCCCCUAUCUAUAUGCUUAUUCCAUUCAAGAUUCUUGUUUAUUUCUCAAAGAGACAUUUUACCAAUCAAUCAGAGUUUCAUAGGCUGCAACUUACAGUUCCC